AUGGCUGUUAUAUUCCCGAAUCUUGGCUCCAUUUGCCGUCUUGUGGCUCAGUGGUGGCGGGCAGCCGUCGUAGGCGGCGCAUUCUACACCAUCGCCACGAUCAUCUACCGUCGUUUCUUUCAUCCGUUGGCAAAUGUUCCAGGUCCUUUUCUACCAGCUGUGACGAAAAAGUAUGCCUGGUACUUUAACGUGCCUUGUGGUGGCAAGUUCUACAAGGAGAUUGAGCGGUUACACGACGUCUAUGGUCCAAUCGUGCGCAUCUCUCCAAAUGAAGUCCAUCUCAGUAAUCCAAAGCACUACGAUACAGUCUUUGGCGUAAAGUCCGACUUUUACAAAGAUCCCGGCUUCUACGGCGCACUCGGAGUCGAGUCUGCAACCUUCACCACCAUCUCCAACAAUGUCCACCGCCGACGUCGCACCGCCCUGAACCCCUUCUUCUCCCGCCGCAAGGUCCUCGAGCUUGAGUCAUUUGACGUCAUUCACGACAAGGUCGAGAAGCUGUGCCGUAUGGUCUCUGAUGACCGUGCUGCCGGGCGGCCUACCAACUUGCAUGCAGCGUUCCGAGCCAUCAGUGUCGACGUCAUUACUGAUUAUGCCUUUGACGAUUCGUGGAACCAGCUAGAUGACGAAGAUCUUGGAGAAUGGUUCAGUAACAUGAUCCGUAGCUCGGCGUCCAUGUUCUGGACCUUCCAAGCCUUUGCUUCACUGAGGGUUCCCAUCCAGAGUCUGCCCGACUGUGUCGCCAAGCACAUGAGUCCAUCCGUCGCCGACUUUGUGGGCUGCAAAGACCGAACGAGAAAGCAAGUCGAAGACGUCCAAGCGCGCAUCAACCAAGGCGUCCAGCCCAAGCGCACCACCAUCUGGCAUCAACUCCUCGACCCCAACGCCGCCGAAGGCCAUGUCGUACCUACUAUCAACGAACUCGUCGAUGAGGCGUUUGGCAUCUGCACAGCUGCUGCCGACACGACCGGCAACGCCAUGAGCAUGGCUGCUUUCCACGUCGUGACGAACCCCACCAUUUACGACACCAUUAAGAAGGAACUCCAAGAGGCAUUCCCUGAUCCAGAUGCCCGAUUGAGCUCCUCUGAGCUGGAGAAACUUCCAUACCUGACGGGCGUUAUCAAGGAGGGCCAGAGACUCUCUUACGGCGUUCUAAGCCGUCUUCCCCGCGUCGUUCCAAAAGGAGGCGUCGAGUUAGAAGGAUACUACCUCCCCGAAGGCACUGUCACAAGCAUGUCCGCCUGGAUGAUGCACCACAAUUCAGAAGCCUUCCCAAACCCUGAAGUCUUUGAUCCCACCCGCUGGACCGAUCCCUCAACAUUUCACGAGCGCGACAAGUGUCUAGUUCCUUUCUCUCGCGGCCGUCGCAUGUGCAUAGGCCAUGACCUUGCUUGGUGCGAGCUGUAUGUCACACUGGGCACACUGUUCCGCCGCUUUCCAGAUUUGCGCGCGUUCGAAGUUGAUGCUGCGGAUAUGGUGUACGUGGAUUACUUUACUGCCUAUCACCCUCUUGAGAAAAGGAGGUUCAGGGUUGUCAGCGGCGACAUGGAAAAGUCAUUUGUCCAUCUGUAA